GGCUGCCUUGUUCUCUCUUCUCUCUCCCUCCGAGAGGGGAGGGGGGGAGCGGGAGGAGGAGAAGAAGAAGAAGCGGCGCCGUAAAGGAAGGCAGCUACAACCCUACGCUAUUUACUUGGAAGUAAAUCAAUGGGAUUUACUCUUGGCCAGCUCUAGACACGGCGCCUUCCUCCCUGCCUUCAUGAGGCUCAGCCCUGCCUGAUUGGAGAACCGUCCUGCAGCUGAGAUUGGGGAGGGGUCCGCUGGACAAGCCCCUCCCCUCACCCAGGGGAGCUCCACCCCUUCUUCCCGCCAUGGCUGACCCCAUUAUGGACCUCUUUGAUGACCCAAACCUCUUUGGCCUGGACUCCUUGACGGAUGAGAGCUUUAACCAGGGUGCCCCGGAUCCCAUCGAGGAGGCGCUGGGGCUUCCGGGCGGGGCCUUGGACUCUCUGGCCGGGGGCUCCAAGGAACAGCCGCCCCCCACACAGGCAGCGCCCCCCCAACCACAGACUCUGCCCCUCCCACAGACGCAGUCUGCGGUCGGGCCUGAACUGCCCCAGCAGGAUCAACCUGGGCUCUUGCAAGCCCCGCAGGAUCAGGAGGUCCUCAGCCAGGGCAACCCGUUCAUGGGCGUCUCCUCUGCUGCCACCGCCGCCCCGGCCGUCACACCAUUGCCCUCCGCCGGAGGGCAGCAGGCCGCCCCCGCCGCUGCCGCCCCUCUUCCUCCUCCUCCAGCCCCAAAGAUCGUCAUUCUGAAGGCACCGGCAGGCAGCUCGAUGACGGGCGCCCACGUGGCCCAGAUCCAAGCCCAGCCCAUCGGGGCCGCCAACGGGGGCAAAGUCACCUUCGCCAAGGUGCUGACGGGCACCCCUUUGCGGCCGGGGAUGUCCAUCGUCUCGGGCAACGCGGUGCUGGCCACCAAAGUGUCCCCCGGAGCCGGAGCCCCUGCCACACUCCAUCGCCUUGUCCAGCCCGGCCGGCCCGUCAAGCAGCUGGUGCUGCAGCCCAUCAAGAGCCAGGCUAGUGGGGGCGCCGGGACCACGCCCCUGAAGCCGGCCGUGACUCUGACCUCCACUCCAGCGCAGGGAGAGUCGAAACGCAUCACCCUGGUCCUCCAGCAGCCCCCUGCCGGUGGAGGCGCGCCGGGCCAGCGCCACGUGGUUUUGGGCAGCCUGCCGGGCAAGAUUGUGCUCCAAGGGAACCAGCUGGCGGCCCUGAGCCAGGCCAAGGGGAUGCCGGGGCAACCCGCCAAGGUGGUCACCAUCCAGCUUCAGGUCCAGCAGCCCGGCCAGCAACAGCAGCCUGGUGGCCAGCCAGGCACCCAGAAGAUCCAGCUCUUGCAGCAGCCGCCGGCCGGUACCUCAGGGCAACAGGGGCCGCUGAGCAUCUCCUCGGUGCAGCAGGCCCAGGUGGUGGGCGGCUCGGGACAGAGAGUGACAGUGCCCCUCAAGGUGGUGCUACAGCCACAGGCCAGCUCGUCUCAGGGCAGCUCCUCGGGGCUCUCGGUGGUCAAGGUGCUCAGCAGCAGUGAGGUGGCCGCCCUCCCCUCCUCCAGCGGGGCGACGCGAGGCGGCUCGGACGAAUCCCGUAAGCUGGAGCACCAGAAGAAGCAAGAGAAGGCCAACCGGAUUGUGGCGGAGGCCAUCGCUCGGGCCCGGGCCCGGGGCGAGCAGAACAUCCCCCGGGUGCUGAAUGAGGACGAGCUGCCCAGCGUGCGGCCCGAGGAGACGGGGGAGCGCAAGCGGCGCCGGAAGGGCGGGGGCGAGCGUGUCCCCAAGGAGGAGCGGCCACGCAAGGGCCGGGGCCAAGGCGGGUCCGGCAAGAGCAAGGGCCGGGGGAAGCCCAGCACCAUCACGCCAGUAGUCGGGAAGAAGCGGAAACGCAACGCGUCUUCGGACAACUCGGAUGCCGAGAUCAUGCCGGCACAGUCCCCACGCGAGGAGGAGGAGAGCAGUGUCCAGAAGCGGCGCUCAAACCGCCAGGUGAAGCGGAAGAAAUACACGGAGGAUCUGGACAUCAAGAUCACGGACGACGAGGAAGACGAGGAGCUGGACGUGACGGGGCCCAUCAAGGCCGAGCAGCCGCCAGCCCCCGAACCCCCUGCUCCGGAACCCAUCCCCGAGGGGGAGACUUUGCCUUCCAUGCAAUUCUUUGUGGAAAACCCCAGCGAGGAGGAUGCUGCUAUCGUCGACAAAGUGCUCUCCAUGCGGGUGGUGAAGAAGGAGGUGAGAACGUUUCCCGUGCUAUUGGACGGUUUCCCUUCAGCUGCUUACCAGCUCCCCAACGGACAGUUCACAGAGGCAGAAGAAUUCUUUGUGAAAUACAAGAACUACUCUUACUUGCACUGCGAAUGGGCCACCAUUGCUCAGCUGGAGAAGGACAAGAGAAUCCACCAGAAGCUCAAACGCUUUAAGACCAAAAUGGCUCAGAUGAGGCACUUCUUCCACGAGGACGAGGAGCCCUUCAACCCGGACUACGUGGAGGUUGACCGCAUCCUGGAUGAGUCUCACAGCAUCGACAAGGACAACGGGGAGCCCGUGAUCUAUUACCUGGUCAAGUGGUGUUCGCUCCCUUACGAGGACAGCACGUGGGAGCUCAAAGAGGACGUGGACGAAGGGAAAGUCCGGGAGUUCAAGCGCAUCCAAUCUAGGCACCCGGAGCUCAAGAGGGUGGCCCGUCCCCAGGCAGGAUCCUGGAAGAAACUGGAGCUGUCGCAUGAAUACAAGAAUGGCAACCAGCUGCGAGAAUAUCAGUUGGAAGGUGUGAAUUGGUUGCUUUUCAACUGGUACAACAGGCAAAACUGCAUCCUGGCCGACGAAAUGGGCCUGGGCAAAACCAUCCAGUCCAUCGCCUUCCUGCAGGAGGUUUACAACGUGGGCAUCCGGGGGCCCUUCCUGGUCAUCGCCCCUCUCUCCACCAUCACCAACUGGGAGCGGGAGUUCAACACCUGGACCGAGAUGAACACCAUCGUGUACCACGGCAGCCUCGCCUCCCGCCAGAUGAUCCAGCAGUACGAGAUGUACUGCAAGGAUUCCCGGGGCCGCCUGAUCCCAGGCGCGUACAAGUUUGAUGCCCUGAUCACCACCUUCGAGAUGAUCCUGUCGGACUGCCCUGAGCUGAGGGAGAUCGAAUGGCGCUGCGUCAUCAUCGACGAAGCCCAUCGCCUUAAGAACCGCAACUGCAAACUGCUGGACAGCCUUAAGCACAUGGACCUGGAGCAUAAAGUAUUGCUGACCGGCACCCCGCUCCAGAACACGGUGGAGGAACUCUUCAGCCUCCUGCAUUUCCUCGAGCCCUCCCAGUUCCCUUCGGAAUCGGAAUUCCUGAAGGAUUUCGGCGACCUCAAAACGGAGGAGCAGGUGCAGAAACUGCAAGCCAUCCUGAAGCCCAUGAUGCUUCGGCGGCUGAAGGAGGACGUGGAGAAGAACCUGGCUCCCAAGCAGGAGACCAUCAUCGAGGUGGAGCUGACCAACAUCCAGAAGAAAUACUACCGGGCCAUCCUGGAGAAGAACUUCAACUUCCUGUCCAAGGGGGCAGGCCACAGCAACAUGCCCAACCUCCUCAACACCAUGAUGGAGCUGCGGAAGUGUUGCAACCAUCCCUACCUCAUCAAUGGUGCAGAGGAGAAGAUCCUGACGGAGUUUCGGGAGUCCUGCCACCACCACGUGCCCCACGACUUCCCCUUGCAGGCCAUGGUGCGUUCCUCCGGGAAGCUGGUGUUAAUUGACAAACUGCUUCCCAAGCUGAAGGCCGGCGGACACAAGGUGCUGGUCUUCUCCCAGAUGGUCCGUUGCCUCGACAUCCUGGAGGACUACCUCAUCCAGAAGAGGUACCUCUACGAGCGCAUUGACGGGCGGGUGAGGGGCAACCUCCGGCAGGCGGCCAUCGAUCGCUUCAGCAAGCCCGACUCAGACCGCUUUGUCUUCCUGCUCUGCACCCGGGCGGGAGGGCUGGGGAUCAACCUGACCGCCGCCGACACCUGCAUCAUCUUCGACUCGGACUGGAACCCCCAGAACGACCUGCAGGCUCAGGCUCGCUGCCACCGCAUCGGGCAGAGCAAGGCGGUGAAGGUUUACCGCCUCAUCACCCGCAAUUCCUACGAGCGCGAGAUGUUCGACAAGGCCAGCCUCAAGCUGGGACUGGACAAGGCGGUCCUGCAGUCCAUGAGCGGGCGAGAGGGCAGCAUCGCCGGGAUCCAGCAAUUUUCGAAGAAGGAGAUCGAGGACCUGCUUCGCAAAGGGGCCUACGCCGCCAUCAUGGAAGAGGAUGACGAGGGCUCCAAGUUCUGCGAGGAAGACAUCGACCAGAUCUUGCUCCGGCGCACCACCACCAUCACCAUCGAGAGCGAGGGCAAAGGGUCCACCUUCGCCAAGGCGAGCUUUGUGGCCUCCGAGAACAGGACAGACAUCGCCUUGGAUGACCCCAACUUCUGGCAGAAGUGGGCCAAGAAGGCGGACUUGGACCUGGAUAUGCUCAACAGCAAGAACAACCUGGUGAUCGACACGCCCCGGGUGCGCAAGCAAACGCGCCACUUCAGCACCCUCAAGGACGACGACCUGGUGGAGUUCUCCGAUUUGGAGAGCGACGACGACGACCGGCCACGCUCCCGGCGCCACGACCGCCACCACCACCCGUUCCACCAUUCGUACGGCCGCACGGACUGCUUCCAGGUGGAGAAACAACUGCUAGUCUAUGGCUGGGGCCGCUGGCGGGAGAUCCUGUCCCACGGGCGGUUCAAGCGGCGGAUGUCCGAACGGGACGUGGAGACCAUCUGCCGGGCCAUCCUGGUCUACUGCCUCAUGCAUUACCGCGGCGACGAGAACAUCAAAGGGUUCAUUUGGGAUCUCAUCAGCCCCGUCGAGAACGGCAAAGCCAAAGAACUUCAGAACCACUCCGAGAGCCAUGCCCCUGCUCUGAGCUCACUCCCUGUUCCUCGGGCAGGCCUGUCCAUCCCAGUGCCGCGGGGCCGCAAAGGGAAGAAAGUCAAGUCCCAGACCACUUUCGACCUCCAGAAGGCCGAAUGGAUCCGCAAGUACAACCCGGACACCCUCUUCCAGGACGAGGGCUACAAGAAACACCUAAAACACCAGUGUAACAAGGUGCUCCUACGGGUUCGCAUGCUUUAUUACCUGCGCCAGGAGGUGAUCGGAGACCAAGCUGAGAAAGUGUUGGCGGGUGCCGUUUCCAGUGAAAUCGACAUCUGGUUCCCACUGGUGGAUCAGGCAGAAGUCCCCACCGCCUGGUGGGACACUGAAACUGACAAGUCUCUGCUCCUCGGAGUCUUCAAACACGGCUACGAGAAGUACAACACCAUGCGAGCAGACCCCGCGCUCUGCUUCCUGGAGAAGGCCGGUCGUCCCGACGAUAAGGCCAUUGCCGCGGAGCACCGCCUGGAUGUGGGAGAAGGCAGGGUGGAUUUUGACAAGGACUGCGAGGAUCCGGAAUACAAACCAGUGGGAGGACCUGCCAAGGAGCCGGAAGAUGAGGGUGACCCACUAAUGAUGAUGGAUGAGGAAAUAUCUGUGGUGGAUGGCGAGGAAGGUCAACCGGGGAACCUCUUCUGGCCCCCCGCCUCGGUGCUCACGGCCCGCCUGCGGAGGCUCAUCACCGCCUUCCAGCGGAGCUACAAGCGCGAACAGCUCAAGAUGGAGGCCGCGGAGCGAGGAGACAGGCGGCGGCGGCGGUGUGAGGCCGCCUUCAAGCUGAAGGAAAUGGUGCGGCGGGAGAAGCAGCAAAGGUGGACGCGUCGGGAGCAGUCGGACUUCUAUCGUGUGGUCUCCACCUUUGGGGUAGAGUACGACCCGGACACCAUGCGUUUUCACUGGAGCCGCUUCCGGGCCCUGGCCCGCUUGGACAAGAAGACCGACGAGAGCCUGGCCAAGUAUUUCCACGGCUUUGUGGCCAUGUGCCGGCAGGUGUGCCGGCUGCCUCCCGCGGCCAGCGACGAGUCUCCAGACCCGACGCUGUUCAUCGAGCCCAUCACGGAGGAGCGGGCCUCGCGCACCCUCUACCGCAUCGACCUGCUGCGGCGCCUGCGGGAGCAAGUGCUGUGCCACCCCCUCUUGGAGGAGCGGCUCGCCCUCUGCCAGCCCCCGGGCCCCGAGAUGCCCACCUGGUGGCAGGGCGGGCGCCACGACGGAGAGCUGCUGCGGGGCGUGGCGCGCCACGGCCUCAGCCAGACCGACGCCACCAUCAUGCAGGAUUCGGACUUCUCCUUCCUGGCGGCUCGCCUCAGCCACCUGCACAGCCGGGCGGGGGGCACCGGGACGCCCCCGCUGCCCCCACAGCCGUCGGGGCUGCCUCUCCCCGGAGCGGCAGCGGCGGCUCCUUCCCCCUUGCUCCUCCCCCCGCCUUUGCAUGAGCUGCCUGGUCCGCCGCCCUCGGCCCUCGCCGCUAAACCCGAAUCGGCCGACGAUUCGGACUCGGAGCUGGACCUCGGCAAGAUCUCCGCUUCUUCGUCUUGCUCUUCCUCCUCGGGCUGCUCCGACGACAGUGAGGGUGAGGAGGCCUCUUGCGGCGGGAAGCUCUUUGAGGAGGAAGAGUCCUCGCUGCUGUCCCUGCCCACCUCCCACGAGGGCAGCUCCCCGCAGCCCAGUGCCUCGGACCUGCUGCUGCAGGAGCGCCAGCGUGCCCACGAGUGGCCGAAGGACCGAGUCCUCAUCAACCGCAUCGACUUGGUGUGUCAGGCCGUGCUGUCCGGGAAAUGGCCUUCAGUGCAGCAAGGACAGGGGGGGUCUUGCCUAGGCCAAGGAGAAGGCCUCUCCCGCUUGCACGGGGAGUACACCAGCUCUCCCAUCCCCCACAUCUGCCCCCACGGGCCGCAGGAGGAAGGCGCGACCUCUUUCACCCGCCUCCGGCACAGCGGCCAAGACAAGGAGUUCACCGUGCAGAUCAAAGAUGAAGAGGGAAUCAAGCUGACCUUCCAGAAGCACAAACUGGUCCCGAACGGCGCCAUGCGGGAACGCCCCACUCUCACCCAGAAGAAGAGCAGCAAGAAGAUGGUGGAGCAUCUUUUUCUGGGUUCCCAGCUGGAGCUGCAGUGCCUGGAGGCGCUGAGAGGCCCUGAUAUUGACCUGGAGGCCCGGAUCCCCGUGGUGAACAAGACUGACGGGACGCUGCUGGUGGGCGACGCGGCGCCCCGACGGGCCGACCUUGAGGUGUGGUUGCAGGCCCACCCGGAGUACGCCGUGGACCCUCGCUUCCUGGCCUACAUGGAGGAACGCCGGAAGCACCGAUGGCCCAGGUUUCCGAAGCCUGUUCCAAUUGAACCCAGCUGCCUCGUGGGGCUGGAGCGGAUGCAGGCAGCCGGCAUCUCAGCUAACGGCAAGAAGGGUUUUCUGCCAGAUCCCACCAUGAACCGUCUCCUUCCAGGACCAGUAGGGGCUGAAAACACCCAAAAGCGAGGCCGCCAAACCCCCAUGGAGUUUUCCAACAUGAUGGCUCUGAUGGGAGCCGGCCGGGUCCAACUAGGAGCCACUGGGCCCCUCUCCUUGCACCACGCACACUUCCAAGCCGGCCCCGCCCACGGCUCCUUGCAAUACAUGCCCUUUUCAACUGCGGCCGCCGCCACUGCGGCCGCCGCCGCCGCCGCGUCCUCCUCCGGCACUCUGCUCCAUCCCGCCCUCGGCCACGCCGGCUACGCCGCGGCCCCCUUGCACCUGGGCCACGCCCAGCCCGUGGACGAGGACGAGGAGGAAGACGAGAUGGACGACUUGUCUCAGGGCUACGCCAGCUCGGAGCGGGACUUCUCCUUGCUAGACGACGACCCCAUGAUGCCGGCCAACUCCGACUCCAGCGACGAAGGGGACGAGGAAGGGGACGACUGAGCCUUUGUCCCGGGAACGGACGGACGUGAACCAGCGCCAAGCUGGCUGGGACUAGCCACCCCCUUGAUGUUGAGAAAUUUGACAGGCCAGAGACUCCUUGCCCAUUCAGGCACGGGCCGGUGGGUUGGGUUCCCCUCAUUCCACGUGACUUGCAGGGGGGAGGGCAAAGCAGGGUCCUUCUCACCCCAGCAAAGGUUGGUUAGACAACAGCUCUCCUAGAAGGGUGCUCCGGUGUGGCGUUUUUAAAAACAGAAAAAGAAAAUUGACUGUGGGUUUGGUCCGACCUCUCCUUCCGUCACUUGGUAUCAAUUGGGAACUAUCCUUGCGUUUGCGGUCUUGAUCUCCUCGAGGGGUCCGGCGCACGGGGGGGGGGGAGCAGAAACCACGGUAGGGGCUCCAUCUUGCCAAUACGAUCUGGGGUAUAAGUAGCAUCUCCCCUCCCCUGUUUUUGUUUUUUUUUUGGCUCUCCCCACAGCCUACUCCACUUCUCCCCAGCCCUCUUUCCGCCCCAGGUUCAUGUGCUGUAACAUAAGUGCAAAAAAGGGGGUGGGGGGGGGCUCCUUUCCUCUCCCUCCGUCCCCCUGUCUCCGCGUGGGUGGGGUUUAUAUUUAUAAAUAUGUAAUAUGUCUUGUGUAAUAUGGCUGAGGCUGUGGGAAUAAAUUGUCGGGGAGUCGAGUCACAGAGGGUGGGUUUUGGGGGGUGGCAGGGGGCUGUGGGGGAACAGAAGGUAGAGCUUCCUGUAGCUGGUUUCUCCUCUUCUUUUUUCUUUUGUUUUUUAAUAAAAGGAACAAAAAUGCACAAAAAUUCCCCCCCACCCCAAUCCUACUCCUUCAUGCUGUUGUAUCAAUUGCAUAAAAAACUUCCUAAGACUUGGGAUGUACAACCUG